GCUGGAGGAUGGGAGCUAAAGCGGAUGGCUGAUGGCAGAACUUUGAGGGGCCUGUCAAAGAAAGGGGUAGAAGAAGGAAAAACUCGUGGGACAAAAGCGAAGAAAAGGCUUGGGAAGGUCAAGUCCAGUGUGAAUGAGGCAGGAUGAACUGGACAGGUCUGUACACCUUGCUCAGUGGCGUAAACCGGCAUUCUACUGCCAUUGGACGGGUCUGGCUCUCAGUCAUCUUCAUCUUCAGAAUCAUGGUGCUGGUGGUGGCUGCUGAGAGUGUGUGGGGGGAUGAGAAGUCUUCCUUCAUCUGCAACACCCUCCAGCCAGGCUGCAACAGCGUCUGCUAUGACCACUUUUUCCCCAUUUCCCAUGUGCGCCUGUGGUCUCUGCAGCUCAUCUUGGUUUCCACCCCAGCUCUCCUCGUGGCCAUGCAUGUGGCUCACCAGCAGCACAUAGAAAAGAAAAUGCUGCGACUUGAAGGCCACGUGGACCCUCUCCAACUGGAGGAGGUGAAGAGGCACAAGGUCCACAUCUCAGGGAGACUGUGGUGGACCUAUGUCAUCAGUGUGGUCUUUCGGCUGCUGUUCGAGGCCGUCUUCAUGUACGUCUUUUAUCUUUUGUACCCUGGCUACGCCAUGGUGCGGCUGGUCAAGUGCGAGGCCUACCCUUGCCCCAACACAGUGGACUGCUUCGUGUCCCGCCCCACCGAGAAAACCGUCUUCACAGUCUUUAUGCUGGCCACCUCCGGCAUCUGCAUCAUCCUCAACGUGGCGGAGGUGGUGUACCUCAUCAUCCGGGCCUGUGCCCGCCGAGCCCAGCGCCGCUCCAAUCCGCCCUCCCGCAAGGGUUCGGGCUUUGGCCACCGCCUCUCACCUGAAUACAAGCAGAAUGAGAUCAACAAGCUGCUGAGCGAGCAGGAUGGCUCCCUGAAGGACAUACUGCGUCGCAGCCCUGGCUCCGGGGCCGGGCUGGCUGAGAAGAGUGACCGUUGCUCAGCCUGCUGAUGCCACCUACCAGGCAACCCUCCCUCCCUCCCCCAGCCCUGCCCUGAGCCUGCCCCUCCUCCUGCCCUGCUGGUUGCACAGGCCUCUGCCUGCUAGGAGUUACUCUGACCAAACCUUCCUUCUAGCCCUGCUUCCCUUCCUCCCAGGGCUCUGCCUCAGGGGUUGAAGGGGUGCUAGGCUAGAGGCCACCCACACCAGCGCUCAAGGUUGUUGGGGGUGUGGGCAGCCCUUGUUCCCUGUACCCUCUCCUCUCCUCUCCUCCUUCUCCCAGGGACCACUGGGGACAAGAGAGGGGCUGUUCAGACAGCAUCUCCAACUAUAAAACUAAUGUUAACCCCAUGUUGUCAGAUACCCUGUUUCUGGUGUCACAUCGGGGGAUGGAUGUGGGCAAGUGGAGUCAUGGGAGGGUGCUGUGGACUUGUGGGUGGAAAGGGGAGGGUGUCUGAUCCAGAAAGGGAGGAAUCGAGUUUACCCAAGAGUUUACCCAAAACAAGGGAAGGGAGGAUCUGUGUGGGGUGGGGGAGUUAGGGAGGGAGCAGCAGGCAGAUAAAUUGGAGUGGGGUGGGUCAGGGCUGCCUUUGCCUCUAGUCCCCAAGGCCUCUCACUGCCUGGAAUGUUACACAUUAAACAGGAUUUUACAGUAAAGGAGGAGAUGGCUUGUGUGUUUGUCAAGUUCUUUCUCCUGCAACCUCUGACCUCCUCCUGGAGGAGAUGGCCUUCGCUUUUUGCUGAUCAAGAAAAGACUGGGCAAAAGAAAUAGCAAUCUGAGUAGCCAAAGCUGCAAAUGAGGAACUGCUGCCUUCCGGGGCAGCUUUUCUCACCUGUUGUUUCCUUUGUGGGGUUUUGGAUUG